CUCGCGUCCAAUAAACAGGACUAUGGUAUAUCCUGGUCUAAAGACAGAACCCAUUACCUUCCACACCUGGACAAAUAUCAACAUUGAGGCCAAAGUGAGGAUCUACCGGGCAAGGCGAAUGGAAACAUUAAAGCACAAUUCUAACAAAAUGACGACGAAGCAACCGUCCCCAGUGUCACGACAAUCGACGUCAUCGUCGAAACAGUCGUUUGACACCCGGAAGUCGAUUGUGUCUGUCAGUGGUAUCAACAUGGAAACCGGAUCCUUGGCAACACUUCCUGCCUCUGUGGAGAGUCCAGAACCACUGAUUGAGGAAUAUAAUCCCAUGUUAAAUGGAGUGAAGAAAAAACUUCUCACUGCUGCGAGAAAGUGUGAUACCAACACGUUCGUCUCCAUACUGGAAGAAUGGCAAAACCUGAACCUCAAUUUCGUCGAUGACUCUGGAAAAACACUACUUCAUCUUUGUGCAAAUGUCGGUAACAAAAAUGAUGUGAUUUUAUUACUUCAAAGAAAUUGUCCAGUCAACAGAAUUGAUAACAUGGGGCAUUCUGCCCUCCACUACGUGGCGAAGAAAGAUUACGCAGACAUUGCCGAGUUGCUGAUAGUCAAUGGAGCACACUUUGAUUUACCGGAAGAGAAAACUGGACAGACGGCCUUGCACUUUGCUGUUGCCAAAAACUAUGUGGCUACUGUGGAACUUCUCGUGUUUAGUGGAGCAAGUGUUCAAAUCAAAGACAAAAACAACAGAACCCCGAUAGCGCUGUGUCGAUCCAAAGAAAUACAUGCACUCUUGUCUACAGCUGUACAGUCUUCAGGAGGUUACAGACCAGGAGAGAUGACGAUGCAAACGGUUGAAGUACAAGGUGGUGGCAUAACAGAAUGUUGGAAACUCGGCCUCACGAUCGACUACAGUACAGGACCAGCAGACGACAAGUUCUCGCUGAUGUGUCGACGUCAGACAACAGACGAGAGUGACUUGGGAUUUGGAUUUGAGAACAGCGAAGAUGUAUGCAGUGAUGCUUUCCAGUAUAGGCUAGGGAGGACAGGAAAACCAACUCCGGUUAGACUCACGGUGCCAAUAUACUCAGGCCCAAACGCCAAGGAGGAAAUAGUACUCAGGACAGAUAAGGGACACGUGUUCUCAACAGCGUCGCUCAAUAAAGUUGAAACUGAUACUCCCUAUGCCGUGGCGGUAGUGGACAUAUCCCAGUUCAGUUCUUUUAUCCUGGUGUGUAGACCCCAGACCGACCUCUUUAAGAUACCAGUUGAGGGAGGGACGUUUACCUCUAAGAUAAACCCUAAUGUCGGAGUCACUGUACAAGCAAAUACCUUUUCCAAAGACGUGAAAUUAGUGCUACAGACAAUAUCAAUUCCGAAUCCCAGCGUGUUGGGGUCAGACGGGAUGAAAGACAUCGUAUCAAUGACGUCAUUCAGUAGCUUAAAAGCAGAGAAUCGUGAAAACCCAAAGAUUCCUAUUCAGCUUCGUCUUCCUCCUCCAAAUGGUGGUAAAAACCUCAAAUUAGUUUCUGCUGACGUUACAGAAGUAGCCUCUGUCACCGAUAUGGGCUGGAGUGUCCGAGAUGACCCUCUUAGUGUUACACCAGACGGAGUUGAGUUAGACAUCAGCGACGGUGCCAUGAAAGUAAUUAUGGAGGCUAAACCAGGAACAGAAAUGGUAGCAUUAAAACCACAAAUCGGUCUCGUAUUUCAAAAAUCUACCCAUCGAGAAUAUUCUAUUGUGUUUAUAGUUUUAACAAAACAUGACAAAAAAAACAACACUUUCAAAACAGUGGUUGAGUGCAAUACAGAAGAAUGCAGUAAAGAAGCAAAAAAGAAGUGGAUAAAUGACGGGUUCAUUGACCAAAGACCAGGUGAUGUACUGUGUUAUAAAGGACCAACGAGACAAAGAUACAAAAUUAUAGCAUCAAAAAACCUAAGACCACAAGGAGCAGAAGAUGGUUUCAUGAUUUUUCAGUUUCAUCCGAAAAGAAGCAAUUUUUCGGUGUUUACAGCAAGCGUGAAGAACAAUGUACAAAACGAGACCGGAAAUGUGCGAAUACUCGAGUACAAAAUUGUAUAUAAGACAGCAGCACAAUUGGAAACGGAGGGUCCUGCAAAACCUGUGGAAAAUCUGCUCACGAAUGUUCACAUCACUUUUGAUAAAUCGGAAAAGGAUACUGCCGCAGCAACAGUACCAUUGAUACAGGUACAGGAGCCUACCGACAUUGAGAAGAAACCCGCCAAACCUCCAGUCAGUACGGCAAUGCCAAGGGCACCGGCACCGGCACCGGCACCGGCUAAGCCAGCGACGGCAGUAUCGAAACCAGUCAAAUAUCAGGGCGGAAAGGGAACUGAAAAAGUUUUUACAAACGACGAGUUCCUCUACACGGUGGUUAAGGAACUGGAUGAUGAAUGGUACAAGAUCGUGGUGAUGAUGGGCUGGAACUUCCCGGAUGUAGAGAAAGAGCUCCUGAAUUCAAACGGUACCCAGCAGGACAAGAUCAUGCAUUUCAUGAAAGAAUGGCAAGAAAAAAGCCGGACACGUGAUGACCUCGGUUUGCCGAACCUACUCACCGCUUUAGCCAAAGGAGGUCGUCGUGAUCUCUGUACAGUCGUGUCUCUCCAGAUGAAAGAAUGGUUCGACCAGCAUAGCAAUCAGAAAUCAAACUUUUGGAAAUGGGUUCAAAUGGCGUUCAAGGACUCCGAUCUCAUCAACCCUGGAGAUUACCCAAAGCCAAUGUCAGACCAGUUCCUGCUGCUCCUGGCCCAAGCGUUAAAACCAUCCCUAGACAUCGCCGGACACCUGGAUAUCCAGAAAACGGACAUGGAGCGCCUCAAGAAAGGAAACGGUUCUGAUGAAUUCAAAAUGCUCAAAGUUUUACUACAAGGACGAGAUGGAGCUCAAAGCCAUAUAGUAGCAUUGCGGAAGUUACUAGAUGCUAUGAUAACCCUUGACAUGCAAGAUGGGAUCAAAUGGACUAUGGUUGCCUCCAAACAGUGGUUUGAUAUGAAAACAGAGAUGAACACACAAUUCAAGGCGGAACUACAUGACAUUUUGGAGUCAUAUGGGACCUCAAAGGACAUUAAGACAUCUUAACACAUUACACAACGUAAGGUAAACUCACUUUGAGAUACGAUGAACCGGAUAUGACCGCAAUUCCAGCUUUUCUUCUGUGAUCCACUAUAGAUAUGGUAGAAGGGGUGUAAAGUGACGAACUCGAGGUACCAUGCUGAGGCUUGAGAACCCAACAAUCGGUGGUAUUCGGAACUCCCGUACCACUGCCUAAAAAUCGAAUCUUUUUGUUGUCAGCAGGGCUAUAGCUUUGGUAAAUCAUUUCUGAAGAGAAAACCAUACCUUGUGGGAUUUUUAUGAGAAACGAUAAAGAUGAAACAAAAUAUAAUCAUCAACAUUGUUCAGAGUGAGAGAAAAAAAUCAGCGAGGAUAGACCGGGGUUCGAACACGAUUGUUUUGCUAUCGCGCUUACCAAUAGUGCUACCUGGUCAACAGAAGUGUCCCGGCUCAACUGUGCUACAGUUAUAUUCAACCGGAAGUUCAACAGAGGUCACUGUAUAUACUAAAAACCAUCGUGCAUUGGGACAGGGAUCCUUAAAUCUCAAACUCUGCCACACAGAAUGCAUACCCGCGAUAGUUGAUCUCUCUUUUGUAUGAGAGUCGAUACGUGGUUUGUCAAUGAAAAAUGUGAAUUACUUCUUGUGUAACAUAAAAUGUACAUUUAUAACAAAUUACUCGACAAGUUUUGCUUCCAAUACUGCAAAUGAUACGCCAUUAAACACUGAUAUUUUUAUUAUACAUUUUAUAUUAGCAAUUUAAAACUGUUUGUAUAGCAUUUUAUCUUUAUCGAAAGAAAAUAUUGCCACCUAAAAUCAAGUUAAUACAUUUGUUUGGAAAACCCGUACUUCCAACUGAAAAUCGAUGAUACUAGGACAGAUAUGAACUGAGGAAGAGUUUGCACAGAGACUGCUUCGUCGACGACAUCCGCCAUGCAAAUACGGGAAUAACAUUGCGAGGUUAUGGAAGUGCAAACGUCUUCUGCUUCAUCGACAACGACCGCCAUGUAGGUCAAUCCAAGAUAUGGCACGUCCUCAAAGUGGAAAACGUGGUAAUGACAACAAAACCACAAGACACACUAAUAAGCAUAAUCGUAUUUCCAAAAGGAAACGUAAUAUUUCUCAAUUAGAUUAUGAUGGAGAUCAUUGACUUGUUAAUGGUCUUCAUAAUAUUCGGAGUAAACACGUGAAUACCGAAUCAAUUACGAUCAUUUGAACACCUAAGAUUG